UUUCUGUAUUUUCUGUAUUUUUUUUCUCUUUCUUCUUUCUUUUUAUAUCUAUUUUUUAUUGAAUCUAAAAUUUCUAUCUCACGAAUUUAAUAUUUUUCAUAAAAAAUUAUAUAAUGUUUUCAAUCGUAAAGCAACUUGCACCCCGCCGCCUGCCCAGCGCUACAUUCACAAAGCCCGUCGCAGCAUUCGUCCAAUCUCGCUUCUACCACGAGAAGGUAAUCGACCACUACGAGAAUCCACGCAACAUGGGAUCACUCGAUAAGCAUGACCCCACUGUGGGUACCGGACUCGUGGGCGCGCCGGCAUGCGGUGACGUGAUGCGUCUUCAGAUCAAGGUGGACGAUAAUGGUGAGAUUGUCGACGUCAAAUUCAAGACAUUUGGCUGUGGGUCGGCGAUAGCAUCGUCUUCAUAUAUCACGGAACGCGUGCGCGGCAUGAACAUUGAUGAUGCGCUGAAGAUUAAAAAUACAGACAUUGCCAAGGAGCUGUGCCUGCCUCCCGUCAAGCUUCAUUGUUCGAUGCUGGCCGAAGAUGCCAUAAAGUCUGCAAUCAAGGACUUCAGGAUGAAGCGUGAUGGCGCGCUUCGCACCGCUUAAAUAGCUUUUCAUAGCUUUUGUUUUUCCAUAUUUUCAAUUGUACUUUCCAAAACAAAAUGCAGAGUUUA